AUGCGCGUCAACAUCUUCAACCGCGACGCCACCAAGCGCGACACGACCGAGACUGUCACCGAACAGGAUCCCUCUGUCGGCAGUGGCGAGGCUACCUCCAACACCAACAAUGCCUCGUCGGACGACAUCGAACUGGCUCAGCAGAGGACUGCUGACCUGCCUCUGAGCGAGAAGCCUGAAGAAACAGCUCAGGGCGGUGUGAAGGAGAUUGAAGCCAUCACGCUUUCUUGGUCCAAGCCUCAUGUGGUCAUCGCCUAUGUUUGCAUGUUCCUGCUCUACUUCACCAAUGCCUUCCAGGCGUCGAUUACGUCCAACCUGUCGGCCUACAUCACGAGUGGCUUCGAGUCGCACUCGUUGAUUCCCGUCAUCUCGAUCGUCUCCAACGUCAUGACGGCUGCCGCCUAUCUGCCCAUCGCCAAGAUCCUCGACGUCUGGGGUCGCCCCGUCGGAUUCUCCUUCAUGACCAUGAUCGCAGUUCUGGGCAUGAUUCUGAGCGCGACGUGCAAAGAUAUCGAGACCUACUGCGCCGCACAGGUCUUCUACUCGGUCGGCUUCACCGGCAUGAUUUUCUCCGUGGACGUCAUCACGGCUGACACGUCGUCGAUGCGGGAUCGAGGCCUGGCCUUUGCGUUCACGUCGUCGCCGUACAUCAUCACCGCCUUCGCCGGCCCCAAGGCGGCCGAGAACUUCUACGACAGCAACUGGCGCUGGGCGUAUGGCUGCUGGGCCAUCGUGCUGCCCGUCGUCGCACUGCCGCUGUGGUGGACGCUGUGGAGCAACAAGCGCAAGGCCACCAAGAACGGCCUCCUCGUCAAGAAGCCAAGCGGCAGGACCUGGCUCCAGAGCACCUGGUUCUACAUUGUCGAGUUCGACUUGGCCGGCGUCAUCCUCAUCGCAGCCGGCCUCGUCCUCUUCCUGCUCCCCUUCUCCAUCGCCGAGUCGGCCGAGAACGAAUGGCGCACGGCGCACAUCAUCGUCAUGCUGGUUAUCGGCGUGGUGUGCCUGAUCGGCUUCGCCGUGUUCGAGCGGUGGGUGGCGCCGAAGCCGUUCAUCCCGUACGCGCUGCUGCUGUCGCGCAACAUCAUGGGCGCGUGCCUGCUCGACGCGACGUACCAGAUCGCCUACUACUGCUGGAACGCCUACUUCACCUCGUACCUGCAGGUCGUCUACAACCAGUCCCUCGCGACCGCCGGCUACAUUUCGGGCAUCUUCGAUGUCGUGUCCGGCAUCUGGCUGCUCGGCGUCGGCUUUUUGAUUCGCUACACCGGCCGCUAUAAGUGGCUGCUGCAGAUCGCGGUGCCGCUGUACAUUUUGUUCGUCGGCCUGCUGAUCUACUUCCGUCGCCCGGAGACGGGUAUUGGGUAUAUCAUCAUGGUCGAGAUCUUCAUCUCGGUGGCUGGAGGCACGAUGAUCAUCGGCCAGCAAGUAGCCAUCAUGGCCGUCGCGGACCACAACGACGUCGCUGCCGUCCUCGCCAUCUUGGGCUUGUUCGGCUACAUGGGUGGCGCCGUCGGCAACUCCAUCUCCGGCGCCAUCUGGACAAACACCCUGCCCAAGGCCCUGCAGGAGUACCUGCCGGCUGAGACGGUGGACCAGUGGGAGGCCAUCUACGAUGAUUUGACCGUCCAGCUCAGCUACCCUAUUGGCGAUGCCACCAGGGAUGCUAUUAUCAAGGCCUACGCACUGGCGCAGCAGCGCAUGCUGAUUGCCGGUACCGCGAUCAUGGCUUUGGCGCUGAUCUGGGUCUUCAUGCUGAAGAAUAUUAAGGUCUCGGAUAUGGAGCAGGUCAAGGGUGUUCUGUUCUAG